AUGCCUUUCACCAAGUUGGUCAAGAACUCGGCAUACUUCAGCCGCUACCAGACCAAGUACAAGCGUCGCCAGUCUGGAAAGACCGACUACUACGCCCGCAAGCGCCUCGUCACCCAGGCCAAGAACAAGUACAAUGCGCCAAAGUACCGCCUAGUCGUCCGCUUCACCAACAAGGACAUCAUCGCCCAGAUCAUCACCUCUGAGAUCACCGGCGACAAGGUCUUCGUCUCCGCCUACGCCCACGAGCUCAAGCGCUACGGCAUCACCCACGGUCUCACCAACUGGGCCGCCGCCUACUGCGUUGGUCUCCUCAUUGCCCGCCGCGCACUCAGCAAGCUCGACCUCGCCGACACUUUCCAGGGUGUGGAGGAGCCAGAUGGCGAGUUCGGUCUGACCGAGCCAGCCGAGGUUGAUGGUGAGGAGCGCCGUCCAUUCAAGUGCUUCCUCGACGUCGGUCUCGUCCGCACCAGCACCGGUGCCCGCGUCUUCGGUGCCCUCAAGGGUGCUUCCGACGGCGGUGUCUACAUCCCACACUCCGAGAAGCGUUUCCCAGGCUACGACAUGGAGUCCAAGGAGCUCGACGCCGAGACCCUCCGCAAGUACAUCUUCGGCGGCCACGUCGCUGAGUACAUGGAGACUCUUGCCGACGACGACGAGGAGCGCUACAAGUCUCAGUUCCAGGGCUACAUUGACGACGAGAUUGAGGCUGACGGCCUCGAGGAGCUGUACGCCGAUGCACACAAGCAGAUCCGCGAGGAUCCAUUCAAGAAGGAUGAGGAUGAGGGCGAGAAGAAGUCGAAGGAUCACUGGAAGGCCGAGUCGAAGAAGUUCAGACAGGUCAAGCUCACGCACGCCGAGCGCAAACAACGCGUGCAAGAGAAGAUCAAGGCUCUCGCCAGCGAGGCAUAA